AUGAAUUCUGAUUCGAGCUCUGUCUCCAGCAGAGCUUCAUCGCCGGACAUGGAUGAGAUGUAUCUGAGGGAACACCACCACCGCCACCACCACCACCAGGAGAGCCGUCUCAACUCGGUCUCCUCCACGCAGGGCGACAUGGUGCAGAAGAUGCCCGGGGAAAGCCUCUCGCGGGCCGGCGCCAAGGCCACCGGCGAGAGCAGCAAGUACAAAAUCAAGAAGCAGCUGUCGGAGCAGGACCUACAGCAGUUGAGGCUGAAGAUCAACGGUCGGGAGCGCAAGCGGAUGCACGACCUAAACCUCGCCAUGGACGGGCUGCGAGAGGUCAUGCCCUACGCGCACGGGCCCUCGGUGCGCAAGCUCUCCAAGAUCGCCACUCUCCUGCUGGCCAGAAACUACAUCCUCAUGCUCACCAGCUCCCUGGAGGAGAUGAAGAGGUUGGUUGGCGAGAUCUACGGGGGCCACCACUCUGCCUUCCACUGCGGGACCGUGGGCCACUCGGCCGGCCACCCCGCGCACGCCGCCAACGCGGUGCACCCGGUGCACCCCAUCCUGGGCGGCGCGCUCUCUUCCGGCAACGGCUCGUCGCCGCUGUCCGCCGCCUCGCUGCCGGCCAUCGGCACUAUUCGACCUCCCCACUCGCUGCUCAAGGCGCCCUCCACGCCGCCCGCGCUGCAGCUGGGCAGCGGCUUCCAGCACUGGGCCGGGCUGCCCUGCCCCUGCACCAUCUGCCAGAUGCCGCCGCCGCCGCACCUUUCCGCUCUCUCCACCGCCAACAUGGCUCGGCUGUCGGCCGAGUCCAAGGACUUGCUCAAGUGA